CGUCUCAAUUUCGAAUUUCUAAUGGUGGGGAUUUCAUCCUGUCGCCAUAUUGUGUUGGGCUGUGAAUGUUGAAAGUGAAUAAAUUUUGCCUAUAUAGUGUAAAUUCUUUGUCCACAUAAUUUGGAUUGAACAGUUUAGAGAUAAGCAGCUAGGAUGGGUGCUAAACAAAGCAAGCGCUCAGUUGAUAUAAGUGGCAAGGAGGCCGAGGGUGCUGGAGAAGUGGCAGUAGCGGGUGCCGGCGGUGAAGGCCGUGUUGAGCAAAUCGCCGACUCCGAUGCAGUCAAACCACAGCUCAACGGCGAUGCCCAUAUACAUGACACGGAUAAAGAAAAACAAGUAGAAAUUGGAACACCUGAAAAUGAGAAAGACGCUACUACGGAAAAGGAAUCAAAGGAACAAGAUAAUGAAAAGGAGAAAGAAAUUGCACCGGUAACUAAUGGAGACAGCGGGGAGCAGAAGCCAGAGAAUGGCAUUGAGUCUCCUCAAGCGCCUGAGGAUGGCAAGAAGCCGAAGAAGGAAAGGGUCAAGAAGAAAUGGUCGCUCAGAUCUAUCAGUUUCAGCCGAAAAGAUAAACCGAAACAGGAGAAGAAACAAAAAGAAGAGGAGCCUAAAACUAAUGGAGAGGCAGAAAAGGUCCCGGAAGAGGCGGCCGAAGUUACCACUGAAACUACGAUUAAUGAAAUCGCAGAGGAAGCAAAGCCUGAAACUGAUAGUAAAGCGGAAAAGACUCCGGAAACUCCAGUGACUGAACCUAUCACUAAUGGAAGCACUACUCCAGAAUCACAAAAAGUGGAAACUCCUAUCAUUGAAGAGACUGUUGCAACAAACCCAGAAACCGACAGGCCUGAACCUAAAGCCGAAGUUGAUGUGGAGCAAUUGCCUGUAAAUGGACUAUCAUUGGAGGAAGCCAAAAGUGAUGAGCCUGAAGUAACGAAAAUUGAGGAGAGCAAGCCUGAUCAACCAGCUGAACUGACUGAGUCCGUUCCGGCCCCUGAAAUCCCUGUCACAAAAGAGGUUUGUGUUGAACAAAUGCCUUUGAUAGAACCCACGCCCCCACCACUUCCUGCUAAUCCUCCUCCUUCAUCAGUGGCUUCUUUUGCCGCUACUACUAUGGCACCAGAAUUGACAGAUGCUUCGCUAGCUAACACUACAGAAACCCCAACUUCGUCACUGCCUGCAAUGCUUGGCACUAAAGCAGAUUUGUCUAAGGAAAAUAUACCUCUAACUGAACCUGUACUCAAAGCCGAAAAAAUGAAUGAAAAUUCCUUACCCUUAAAAGAAAUUAGUCCGGAAAAAAUAAUCGAAAUAGUCCAAGAAAAAAAUAAUGAAUUGUGCGAUUCUUCUUCUUUAAAAGAAAACGUAGAUAAUCUAGAAACUAAGAAUGUUACCAAAAUCAUUCAAAACGAUAUAUCUCAGCCAAACAAAGAAGCUGCUGAAAUUACAGAAGUUUCUGAUGAGAACAUGUCUCUUCUCAAUACAUCUGAAAUCAAUGCUCCGGAAACAAUUAAAGUGGAUCCAACGCUUCCUGAUAUAGAAAUUAAGGCCCCCCUUCCAGAUUGUAAUGAAAUCGAUAUACCCCCUCCCGAAAGUCCACAACCUAAGGCUAUAUCUACAAAAACAUCUGAAAUCGAUGUAACACCUCAGGAGAAUUCGGAAAUAAAACCACCAUCUCCAGAAAUUAAUUUACCUCCUCCUUUUAACUCUGAACUCAUCAAAAUACAGGAAAAUUCUGAAAUUAACCAUGAAUUUGAAGAUUUGCCUCCUCCCCCGCCAAUAGAUAAUAUUGAUACAUCAGUAACAGUCACACACAACUCUGAAGAAACACUCGUUAAUUCUAAUGUGACAGUUGUAAAUGAUACUAAUGAUAUUAAUGAUGAAUACACCGAAGAUAUUGUGAAAACCGAAAUCAAAGAUUCACUCAACAAUGUCAUAAUUGAGUGCAAUGGUAAUAAUAUAGAUGAACCCAAAGUCAUAAAAAAAAUAGAUGAUGUAUCAGACAUAACACCAUUAGAUAAUGUUAACAUGGAAUUAGAAAAAGCAACGACGACAGUUGCUGAUGACUCUUUGCCGCCUUCCCUUUCGGAGACGAAUGAGUGUUUGCCGCCCGAGGAGACGGGCGUAGCAAGCAAUGACGCGUCUGAAUCGUUCCCGCUGCCACCGAGCGAGCUCUGUCGCUCCGAGUCAGAGGUAUCGUCGGCCGCAACUCCGGAGCUGAACGAUGAUCCACCCGCGGACAUUCCACAGGAACACCUUCCCGUCACCGACAAAAUAGCGGAUUUGAUCCCUGAAGUUCCAGUUGUACCAGAACUGAAAACUGAAUUGGAGACGACGACUGACGUGGCGGUGGCCAACUAAUCACCACAUAUGACUAAACUCAACGUCCACCGGCACAUUGUGUGUCAUAAAAUGAGCCUUUAAUUUAUUUCCAUUUAGUACUGUGGUGUGAUUAUCGAACUAAGUUCGAUUUUUAUUUUAUAUUGUCAAAGAUGUGGAUUUCCGUUCAAAUGUGACAUUUCAUAUAGAAUGAUUAUUAGUAUAAGUUUAGCGCUUUGCUUUUGUAAAAUUAAGAUUUUAUACAUUUUAUUCGCUAGGUUCGAGUUUUUUUAUAAUUAUAUAAUAUACAAUAACAAAGUUAUGUAGGCAGUAUACGGUGCGAUAAGUUGGUGCCAUUAUUACAGGGGUAUUAGUUUGACGUCGUCGCGUGUUACUUGCUCCUUAAAUUAUUUUAAUUUUGCAAAAAUAUCAUUACUGCAAGAUAAUUAUUUUAUUGAAAUAUUGUGAAUUUGUAGUAUUGUACAUUUGCCAUUAAUUAACGACACUUCGACACAUUUUUCGUAAAUGUAGUAAAUUCGAUCUCAAAAUAACUUACUUUACGAUUGCAUUCAAAACUUUGAGUCUCAAUAUUAUAGAUUACACAGACACGAUGUAUUUUCUAAAAAAUUAAUUCAUUUUGAACUAUGUAAUUUCUAAUACAUUUUGAAAUUGCUUCUUGGGAGGCACGUUUUGUGAAUAUAAUCCUGAUAAUAGAAUUGGGUAUCGUAGGUACAAUUAUAUGGUUGUUGUAAAUACAUGUGUGUGCCACAUGCACAUGGAGAUAGUUAUGAUUGGGAACAUCUUGCGUUCUAGCCAAACUUGUUAGUUAGAGAAGACAUUACUGACUUACCAUGUUUAUAUGUCCAUAUAUGUUUAACUUGGUAAUAAUAAGUUUUUUUAUUUUGUUCAUUACUCUUAAAUUCGCUAUUCGUUUUUGGUCGAUCGUAAUACAAACACUGAUUCGAUUAUUUUAAAAAUUAUAAUUUAAAUGUAUUAUUAUUAAUAGUAUAAAGAAUUUUAUUCUUUCAAAUCUAGACAAUGGAUUUGGAAUAUUUACUAAUAACAUCAGCCGAUUAUCCUGCUACCAAUUACGAUAAAUGCACAUUAUUAUAAGAUUUUAAUAAUUAAUUUGAUCGAAUAUUUCCGGAUUGAUACGAGUGAUUGAUAUGAGUGGUGUUAAUGACACCAUAACGUUACUCGUUAUAUAAACUGUUCAAGUAACCUAAACAAUCAUAUAAAUAUGGUAACAGCAGUGGUUUAAAUGUAAUAGAGAACAUGAAAUGUAUACCAUACGGUGAUGAUACGAUAUAAUUCUAAUUAUGGUAGUUUGCGACAUUGCUGUAAUGUAUAUAAGAAUAAUUAAUUGAAUUUCAUUAAACUUAUGUAUUAAAAUCUGUUAAUUGUGUCAAAUUGAAAAUUAAAAUUUGCAAUUAAAUGUAAAGUGUUAAAGGUGUUGAGGUAUAAUAUCAAUGAAUUUCUUUUAUCUCAUUAUUGUGCUAAAUUUUUAUUACGCACUUGUAUCUUAUUCUUCUUGUAAUUUUAAUUUAUGUUAAGUUGUAUAAAUUUAGUUACAAUACGGCUCUCUGUCAAACUCAUUAUAUUCGAAUUUAGGUAUUGGUAAGUUACUACAAUGCCUAGUGAGAUAUUAUUACAAUAAGAAGUAACUGUUUAGACAAAUUUGUCAAGUAAUAUUAAUUACAUUAUUAUUAUGGUCAUCGAAUCCAAAUUAAACGAAAAUUUUAAGUAUAUGUGGAAUUUUGGAGCAAAUAUUCAGCGGCCAACUUUUCGAUUAUAUUAUACAAUUUUUAUGAAUAUACAGACAUUAUAUUGUAACAUUUAGACUUGUAGUAUGUGUAACAGUUAGAUGGUAGUCAGAUAAUGAGGGCUGCCAUUAGUAGGUACUUAUAUCGGUUUCCACCUUAUACAAUUAGAUUAUUCGUCGUAAGGUUUGAUAUUACUAUACAAUAGUGUCAGUUUCUACAAUAACUCGCAUAUUAAUAUGGUUUCAUAAUCAUUUUUGUAAUUUUAUACCUUUUUUAUGAAAUUCUAAGUGACACAUCUGCAUGACUGGGAGAAUUACUCCAAUUAGCAGUAAACACGAAUGAGACAUUCCAUAUCAAAUGCAUACUGCAUGUCAUAAUAGCCCUAUACUCCCUGGCAAUAUUUUGAUACACAUUAAUAUAGUUCAUAUGAAGAUAAACAUGAUUGUAGGAAUCAUUGAUUCUGAAAUUCAGCUUGUUGUACACAAUCUAAAUAUCGUAGUAACGUUGAGUAAUACUUUCCAUAAUGCAGACUUUUAAAUAUAGGUAGAUAUUUAUAGUUUAUACAGUAUUGUGUAAAAUAAUUAUCAUUUUAAAAGUGUAACUUGUUUGCUCAUUCCCGCUAUUGGAAUUUGUAUAAUAAUAAUAAUUAAUAUGUUAUUCCAAUUUAAUUAAACUAAAUGUUGAUGUGUGAAUGUCUCUUAUCAAUAAAAUUUAAAGUAAA